CCUGGGCCGGGCCCGCGCCGGAGCAGGAGCGGUAGGAGCAGCCGGGCCCCUGGACCGCGGCUUCCCCGGCCCCCCGCCACCUGGGAGGUAGCCCUCCCCGCUGCCGCCUCCCCUCCGAUUCGCGCCCGCCGGCGGCCGCCUGCCCAGGUCGAAGGGGCUCUGCUGCGAGCCCCCGGCCCUGAGGGGCGCCGCGUAGAGGCGCCCCGGGGUCUCUGUGCUCGCCCGCGCCCGGCGGCCCCCGAGAGUGGGGCCGCGCCGGCCGGCCCAGACACCUGUUCGGCCCGGCCCAGCCCGGCGUGGUCGCCGGGGGCCAGGAUGAAAGUGACCGUGUGCUUCGGCAGGACCGGCAUCGUGGUGCCCUGCAAGGAGGGCCAGCUGCACGUCCGGGAGCUCACGCAGCAGGCGCUGCAGCGGUACCUGAAGACCCGGGAGAAGGAUCCUGGGUACUGGGUGAAGAUUCAUCACUUAGAAUACACAGAUGGAGGAAUCCUGGAUCCAGAUGAUGUCUUGGCAGAUGUCGUUGAAGACAAAGAUAAGCUGAUUGCUGUGUUUGACGAACAAGAACCACUCCACAAGAUCGAGAGCCCCAGUGGAAACCCCGCAGGCCGGCAGAGCCCAGAUGCUUUUGAGACGGAAGUGGCUGCCCAACUGGCUGCGUUUAAACCAGUUGGUGGGGAAAUUGAAGUAACCCCUUCUGCUCUGAAAUUAGGCACUCCGCUGCUGGUGAGGAGAAGCAGUGACCCCGCGCCAAGCCCACCUGCUGAUGCCAGGCCAAGCGCUUCACACCCCAGUGGCCAGAGUCUGAAACCUGUUAUUCCAAAUUCCACACAGGACUUAGAAGAUGAAGUUAUGAAUGGUGUGCAGACAGAACUCUUGACAUCGCCGAAAACAAUGGAUGCAUUGAGUAAUAUGACAAGAACAGUGGAGAUUUCUGGGGAAGGAGGCCCCUUGGGAAUACAUGUAGUACCUUUCUUUUCAUCUCUGAGUGGAAGGAUUCUAGGGCUCUUCAUCCGUGGCAUUGAGGAAAACAGCAGGUCUAAGCGGGAAGGACUGUUUCACGAAAAUGAAUGUAUUGUAAAAAUCAACAGCGUGGACCUCGUAGACAAAACCUUUGCUCAGGCUCAGGACGUCUUCCGUCAGGCAAUGAAAUCUCCAAGUGUGCUGCUUCAUGUGCUUCCACCUCAAAACCGGGAACAGUAUGAAAAAUCCGUCACUGGACCUCUUAACAUUUUUGGUAACAAUGAUGGCGUUUUGAGAACAAAGGUGCCACCUCCUGUCCAUGGAAAAUCAGGAAUAAAGACAGUAAAUCUCACAGGAACAAGCAGUCCUGAGGAAGAUGCAUCAGCUUCCCUGCAGCAAAGCAAGAGCCCCCGAGUACCAAGACUAGGUAGAAAGCCAUCCUCUCCCUCACUCUCCCCGCUCAUGGGGUUUGGCAGCAAGAAAAAUGCAAAGAAAAUUAAGAUUGACCUAAAGAAAGGACCUGAAGGACUUGGUUUCACUGUGGUUACCAGAGAUUCUUCCAUACAUGGUCCUGGUCCCAUUUUUGUAAAAAACAUUUUACCAAAGGGAGCAGCAAUAAAAGAUGGCCGCCUACAAUCAGGGGACAGAAUUUUGGAGGUAAAUGGCAGAGAUGUCACUGGACGAACUCAGGAAGAGCUCGUGGCCAUGCUGAGGAGCACCAAGCAGGGAGAGACCGCAUCACUGGUCAUCGCCCGCCAGGAAGGAACUUUUCUGCCCCGAGAGCUGAAAGGAGAACCUGACUGCUACGCACUCUCCCUGGAAACAACUGAGCAACUCACCUUCGAGAUCCCCCUGAAUGAUUCUGGUUCUGCUGGUCUUGGGGUGAGCUUGAAGGGGAACAAAUCUCGAGAAACUGGAACAGACUUGGGGAUUUUUAUCAAAUCCAUCAUCCACGGAGGUGCUGCUUUUAAGGAUGGUCGUCUGCAGGUGAAUGACCAGCUGAUUGCAGUUAAUGGGGAAUCUCUUCUGGGAAAGUCCAACCACGAAGCUAUGGAAACACUUAGGCGAUCAAUGUCCAUGGAAGGAAACAUACGAGGGAUGAUCCAGUUGGUGAUUCUGAGGAGGCCAGGGAGACCACUGGAGGAACCUGCAGAGUGUGGGGCGUUUUCUAAGCCAUGCUUUGAGAACUGUCAGAAUGCUGUAACCACCUCCAGGAGGAAUGAUAAUAGUACAUUGCAUCCAUUUGGCACUUACAGUCCACAAAACAAACAGAAAGAGCUGUUGCUUCCCAAUGACGGAUGGGCUGAGAGCGGAGGACCUCCUCCUCCACCACAUCCCGUUCUGGAAUUGGGCCUUGAAGAUUACAGCCACAGCUCUGGGGUGGAUUCAGCAGUAUUUUUUCCGGAUCAGCGCCUCAACUUUAGAUCUGUGACACCAGCCAGCCAGCCUGAAUCAAUGAAUCUGAAAGCCUCAAAGAGCAUGGACCUUGUGCCAGAUGAAAGCAAAGUCCAUUCAUUGGCUGGACACAAAUCGGCAAAACACAACUGGAGUGGAAGCAGAUGUGAGUUCCCUCUCUACACUUGGGUCAGCUUCCAUAGAGGAUCUUUCCUUCCCAUGACCUUCUCCUCCUUCAGCAAAGAUGUAAACCCUGAAGCAUUUAUCCAAAGAGCAGCUAUUUUGAGGCCAGUCUUCUCCAUCUUGACUAUGAAUCAAGACUCUCCAAGCAAAGAUUUCGGUCCAACUCUGGGUUUGAAAAAGUCCAGCUCCUUGGAGAGCCUGCAGACUGCAGUUGCCGAGGUCAGGAAGAACGAACUUCCCUUCCACCGGCCCCGGCCGCACGUGGUCCGCGGCCGAGGCUGCAACGAGAGCUUCCGAGCAGCCAUUGACAAAUCUUACGAUGGACCCGAAGAAUUAGAAGCUGAUGGUCUGUCUGAUAAGAGCUCUCACUCUGGCCAAGGAGCUCUGAAUUAUGAAUCUGCCCCUCAGGGGAACUCUGAGCUAGAGAAUGCAGAAAAUAAAGCCAGGAAAGUCAAAAAACCGAAAGAAAAGGAGAAGAAGAAGGAAAAGGGCAAAUUCAAAGUCAAGGUGAAAAAGCAGAAAGAGGGAAAUGAAGAUCCAGAAAGGAAAAUAAAGAGGAAGGGAUUUGGUGCCAUGCUGAGAUUUGGAAAGAAGAAAGAUGAUAAGGGUGGAAAGGCUGAGCAGAAAGGUCCUCUGAAGCAUGGUGGCCUGAGAGAAGAGGAGCUGGAAAAAAUGAAAGAAGAACGUGAGAGGAUUGGGGCAAAACAUCAGGAGCUAAGGGAAAAGCAAGCAAGAGGUCUUAUUGAUUAUGCCGCUGGUGCAAUUGGAUCCCUGCAUGAUAUGGACGAUGAUGAAAUGGACCCCAACUAUGCCAGAGUAAACCACUUCCGGGAACCAUGUGCAUCAGCAAAUGUCUAUAGGUCUCCAUCUCCCCCUCGGGCUGGACCACUGGGGUACCCUCGGGAUGGCCGUCCACUGUCUCCAGAGAGAGACCACUUAGAGGGUCUCUAUGCCAAGGUCAACAAGCCAUACCAGCCACCAGUGCCAGCUGACAGUGGCCGUUCCAUUAGCGGAAGCACUGACCGCAUCCAGAAGUUGCGGAAGGAGUAUUACCAGGCUCGGAGGGAAGCUUUCGCUUUAUGUGAGGACAGUGAAGGAAGAGCAAGACCUGACUAUGACCUUCACUGGGUGUCUGGAAAGGGUCCAGAUGGGAAUGCACACAACCUCCGCUUUGAGGGGAUGGAGAGACAGUACGCCUCCUUACCCAGGGGAGGACCAGCGGAUCCUGUAGACUACCUGACAGCAGCACCUCGAGGGCUCUACAAGGAAAGGGAGCUUCCAUAUUACCCAGGGGCUCAUCCUGUGCAUCCGCCCAAAGGGAGCUACCCCCGCCCCCCAGAUCUGAGGAUCACAGAUCUCCGGUAUCCCCAGUACUAUCCGCCCCCGCCAGCCCCCCAGCACAAAGGACCCUUCCGACAAGAUGUCCCACCUUCCCCUCCUCAGCACCACAGAGUACCAGCCUACCCAGAAAUGGGCAGACCAGUGCCCCGAGGGGGCAGCCCAGAUCAGUACCCCUAUCGAAUGCAGGAUCCCCGGCAGAAGAACCCCAUGACCGCAGCCGUGUAGCUGAACGCCACCAAGCUCAGCCCAGCCCAGAACGGAAGACAUCCAACAUCACCUUUGUUCUUCCUACAACUUAAGGCCGCCUUCCUGUUAAGAAUUCUCCAUGGUACAGAUUAGGUUUUUCUCGCUGAGGCUGCAACACUUGACUGCUAGUCAGAGAGAAAGAAGGGGACAGGAGUUUGGGGAGGGAAAUCAGAAGGAAGACGAAGGAUGGGGCCAUAAAAAAAAUACUGCCUGAAAUAAUUUUAGAAUUGUUCAGUUCACUGAGAGUGACAAUUGAACAGGCAGAUAACAAUGGAGAUCUACAACAUGGUGCCUCCCUGGAGCACAGACAUGCCCCCACAGCACUGGCAUCACGGAGGGCAGACUCUGCCCGGGAUCGUCAUCCGUUCAGAGACUAGCUUCAGCCACCUGAUUAGAGCUGUUACGUCUGUGAAGAGUGGUUGCCAAUGUGGGUGUCCUAAGUGAGUGGUUUUUACAUUGAAAAAACAACAGCGGCAAACAUGACGAGUGAUCUCCUUGAAAUGUUUUAUACCUAGAGGAAGGCUGCAUUUCUUUAUUUGUAGAAUUUCUCAGGUUCUCAGUUCCACUCACUUGGUAUAAGCAUGUCACGUUUCCUUGCUUUUAGUGUAAAAGUAAGAUGUGAAUGCAGUCCUGGUGUCCUGGGAGAAUGUACAAAGCUAGCAGAGCUUCCAGAAGAAAUAUAUGCCUAGCAUCAAGGCAAUCAGGUUAAGAGGCUGACAUUCCUGUGGUCCUCACCUUCCUUCCUCCCACGUCCCAGGCACGACAGCAUGGAGAUAUCUGGCUUCCGAGGCAUCCCCAAAUCUCCUGCCUAUAAUUAUUGUAAGUGGGGCCUCUAUUUUAAGGCUCCCACUUGAGAGUUAAGAUGUACUCGGGAAAAAGAGGGCCCACUGGUUAGUAUGCACAGGAAGCGGUGCUCUGAGAUGCCAAUUCCAGACCCAGUGCCAAACAGCGCCAUAUGCACCCGGCGUCAGGGAGGGGCUGACUGUGCUCUUUGGGAAUGAUAACCGGCAGGUGGUAGACAGUGGUGACUGACUCUGUGUGUGUGUAUGUGUGUGUGUGUGUGUGUGUGUGUGUGUGUGUGUGUGUGUGUGAAAGUGUGUGAUUACCAGUAUGGAGAAUGGAAAAUAAAAAUGGAAAGUUUGAUGAGGAAGGGAAUAAAAAGGAAAAAAGCCAGAAAACAGAAGGGAAGGGAGAAGAAGCAUAAAACAAAAUCAUUCUAUAUCUGCUAUAUUAUUUCAUUAACAGAAGUCAGGGCAAGACCAAGGCCAAGGUCUCCAGUUGGGAAAAGAAGGUCUUAUGGCUUCGAAAAGCUGAAAGCCCACCCUCCAGAAUCCAUGGCAAUUUUUUUAGAGCUUUGCAGCUAUAGUCUACUUAUUUCAACACAGAACCUCUAAAACCUACAACCUAACCCAAAUGAGAACAUAAGAGAAAACCGAGAAACAGCAAAGCAUGGGAGCAGCAACUCGAAUUGUUCAGUGACUCCUGCAGUACUUUAAACCUUUUUAUUCCUUCUUCAUUCCCUCCCAUCAAAAGUCUCGAGUUCAAUUUAGACAUAUUUUGGCCAAGAUUAGGAUACCUCUGACUGCUAGGAUUUAAUAAAUUAUAGUAUUAUUGAAUAUAUAGAUUAUCUAUCCAGCCCAGUUUAGUCUUAUUUUAAUUUAAAAUAGAGUUCUGUUACCAAGAAUGAUGCAACUGGUGGGUUUAGACUUAACUAGUGUUAUUUACUGAACUUUAAGAGGUAUCAUUUUCUAAACUACCAUUUACUUAUGGCCCUCUUGAAAAUAGACUGUCAAGUUGUUUGUGGCCCUCUAUCAUCUCUCUUAUGCCAGGCACCUUUAGAUCGUUCGCAAUUUGUGCAGAGGUUGAGGACUGGGCCCUGCUCACCUAGAGCUGUAGUGCAGGUGAGCUGUAGGGUUUCCCAGCCAACAUGCUGCAAGCUGCCUUCCCCUCAAGCUACAUAAACCUUCAAGAAGACAAUGAUAAGAUGAGGGAAGUGUGAUGUAUUUUGAAGCAUUAAAAAUCAGCUCUUUAGGAUGUUCCAUAAUUUAACCAAAUUUCUGUAGACUAGUGGACAUAGCUAAGCCAGAAGCUUCCUCCUGGAUUAAGGCCAAGGUCCCACAAGGGGCAGUGGUAUAAGGUGAGACGCUCUGUGUGUGCUGGAGGAGUGACCCUUGUAGGAAGAAUGCCUAUAUUUUCACCACGUUGCCACCUUGCGAGCAUAUCUCCUGCACUCAGGCUCGGGGGAAGCUGCUGCAAGCAUGGUUUUGUGUUGUACACACAGGUGAUACAACAGUUGCUAAUCCUGAGGGGCAGCUAAGGAUGUGAAGGUACUAUGAAAACAGAUGAAAAAAGGAUUAUAGCAGUUUUCUUUUCUUGCUUGAGGUAGAACACACGCACCAUUAGACCCUACCCAAAAGGAGCUAGCAUUACGUGUGCGACAGUCUUCAUCAAGCCAACUGACAAGUAAGAACAGCUUGAAUGUAAGCUUUAUAAAUGCCUGUGAACCAGCCCUCCAACUGUCACCACCCAGAGGUUAUGGAACUCUUUCCCAGUAUUUAGGAGACCAGGCUAUAAUCAGUAGGUGCCCAGUAGCAGGAAAUAGUUCCUGGGUUAUUUAUGGCCUUGGAAAAACUCAAUCAGGUGUCUCCUUGUAGCUCGGAAUGCUAAUAGACCCCCCCCCCCAGGAAAAGGUGGCACGGCGAGCUUGGCGAGCUACAAACCCAUCAACGUACACCCACCCGGCUCCUCGCCUGACCACUGGGUCAUCCAGGCCUUGAAAUGAUGUACUGGCCUCAAGUAACUAGUUAUUUUAAGGAGCUCUGUUUGUGUCCCUUUUUGCAGGCAUAGAGAGAGAAAAGGGAGCAGACCACCGAAAAAUUUUAGAUGCAGGCAAAUUCAGUCCUCUACAAGGGAGUGAAACACAACAUCUCACUAACCCAUUGUGUCAUUGGUCUGUGGCAGUAUCACUCUUGGUAUAAUAUUGCUUCCCUGUGGUAUCACACCACUGGAUGAAAGGCAAGCUCAAAGUCAGGAGUAUUUUCUUAAAUCAUGAUUGACAACAAAACUGGGGGAAAAAAUUACUGUGAAGCUCCUUAUUCUUAGAUUUUUAGAUCUACAUGCGUUAACCUCACAGUACAGCACAGAGCAGAGAUCUUAUAAUCAAGAGCACGUGCAGAGCCACAGACCCACCGUCACCCUGAGGAGGAAACUCUGUGCACACCAACCGAGAGAGGAGAUUUGAGACUUCACUGUAGCUUUGUGUUUGCCACCGGUAACAAAAUUAAAACAUGAUUCAUUAUUACUUCCAAAGAUUUAGGAACUUCUCGAGUGAAAUCUAUCUCCUGAAGGAAAUCCACCUGACAACUUUUGGAGUUGCCAUGCAUAGGGCUGGUAUACACAGUGAUCAAGACUUUAAAGAGUGUUCAUUCCCUAACCUGUAUCCACAGCGUUCAUUUUCUUUGGAGGAACACCUUAGCAUUUCAGAGGGAUAUAGAGAUCUGGAGAGUUUGGUGUGGACAGCAAUAUGUGUCUCUAAAAUUUUCAUUGGCAUUAAACUCUGAAAUCCACAAUGAAUGGCCUUCAAAUUGGUGCUAAAUUGGGUAGACACCCUACUGCUUCGAGUCCAGGAGCGACAGAAAGUCCAGAUUUAGCGCAAUUAGGCAGGAGGGAGUUGGAGUCAGAAACAGCCCGCGACAGUAUUUCUCUGCACUCCCGGUUCACGCCGACUUAAGUGGAAAUGAUGCCACAAUGAGACCAGAAAAAGGAGUCUCCAUAAGAUAUCGCUACAAAGUCACCUUUCUGAUAAAAAGGAAAAUGAAAGUUAGAUAUCUAAAAUAAGCCUAGAAUCUCAUAUGAAGCUACAACUUCUAAGGGAAACUCUCCCUCAUGUCCUUAAAUCAUAAUAGAAUCCCACACAGCCUGGCUUUUAAAGGUGGGCUUCGCCAUCAACCCAGAGUGGAGCGCGAACUAACCCCCAAGACUGUCUCCUGACUCAGCUCUUUCAGACAGUGUUAGCACUGACUGCAGUGCUAUUUACUACUGGAACAUAAAAACAAAACCUGCUGUUUAUACAGUCACUUUUUCUAGGGUUUUCCUGUGCUUAUAUGAUACCAAGUCUGUUCGUAAGUUCUGAAGAUAAAUUAUGUGAAAUCAUAUUUUGGCGUAGGGGGUGGAGAAUGAAUUCUUUACAGACUUUUUAGGAUGAUCCCAUUUUUACCACAGAAAGAUUUUGGAUAUUGUUAUAUAUAAAUUUUUCUUGUUUAUUUUGCAUCAAAAUAAAGCUUUA